AUGGCGGCGCUGCGCCGCCUGCAUGCCGUUCCCCGCCCUGCGCCUGCGGUCUCUUCCGCGCUUCGCCCGCAUAUCCGCCCGUGCUGCCCUCGGCCCGACGCUUCCCCCAUCGUGCGCCACUCGCCGUCGCUGCCCGCCCUCUCCGCAUCCCCUCGCCGCGCUCCGCCUGGUCCUGCCAUCGGCGCGCUUCAGCGGGGAAAUGGAACAGCGCAGGGCGGUGGGGGGUUGCGCGGCGGAGAAAUCGCAAGGGUGGGGGCGCAAUCGGCGAGGGCGGUUGAUUAUAACAAGGGGAUCCGGGACAGACGAAUGCGCCGCAAGGGCGGGAAACGUCGGAGCGACAGCGACGAGGGGACGGGGCAGAUAGCGGACAACAGUGCGGUGCAGACGCCAUUGCCUUCCCAGCAGCUAGUGCAGCCGCUCCCAGAACCCACCGCCUCCGCCUCCUCACCGUCUCUCGCACACCGCCUGCUCUCCCGGCGACGAGCCGCACAGGGGCAAGGGGAGGAUUGUGAGAAGAACGCUGAGGGAGGGGGGAGCAGGAUUGGCAGGAGCGGCGAAGAUGGCAGCAGUGUGGUGGAAGCGGGCACAAGCACCGGCCAGCCGUCGCCAUCGCAACGCCCGUCACUGCCGCCGUCGCCGUUCCCGUCGCCAUUGCCGCUGACGUCAGCACCAGGUGGAGCAGCAGCCCUGAACCGGAGGCUCGUGGAGGCCACGUGCCUUGCUGACGUCAUGCGGGUGGUGGCGAAUGAGAUGGCUCGCCUGCCCCCACGGCCUGAGUGGGUCGUGGGGGGUACAGGUGCAGUGGACAGCCGCACAGGGAUGGGUGGCAACGGGAAAGGGGGGAGGAGGAGCAGGGAAGAGGAGGAGGCAGAGGAGGAGGAGAUGGAGGAGGAGAGGAGGGAGAUGGAGAGAAGGUGGGAGGAGGCAGCUGCGUGCUCCCUCUUCUCGCCCAUCAACGCAGUCACCGCUCUGCACCGCAUUGCACGCCACAUGCAAGCAGAAAACAUGCCUUCGCCCUCCCGUCUGGCCCUGGCCCGCACUCCCCCCCUGCGUCUGCUCGUUGCUGCCGCCCUCCCCGCUGUGCGAGCUGCCCGCUGCAACGCACAGACCCUCUCCAACCUCGCAUGGGCGCUCGCGCGCAUUGGGGGCGCGGGGGGAGGCGCGGGGGACAUGGUUGGGGGAAGGAGGGCGGAGGGGGGAGUAGAUGGGCGCGGGGGUGGCGGACGGCGCACAUGGGUGUAUUCGGAGGAGUUGGAUGCGGUGGCAGCAGCAGUGCUGCCCAUACAGCACACACUGGCCCCGCAGCACAUUGCCAACAUCGCUGCUGCCUUCGCCCUCGCCCGCCACCUCCCCCCACCCGCGCUCCUCCCCGCCCUCGCCCACCAAGCCUGCCUCGCGCUCCCCCCGCUCCCCCCCUCCUUCCCAACCGCCCCCGCUCAUCCCAGCGGGCGCGCUGUGCUGUCCCCCCACGAGCUCUCCCAGCUGCUGUGGGCCUUCGCCUGCCUGCACCACCCCCUCCCCCCCGCCCUCUCCCGCGCCCUCAACCGCGCCGCCACCUCCUUCUCCCCCUCCCCGCUCCCCCACACCUCCCACACCCCCCCCAAGCAGCGCACGACUGCUGUCUCGCCCCCCUCGCCGUGCCCACUCUCGUGCCUGCAGGCGUGGACGCCCCAGCACGUGGCGAACAGCGUGUGGGCGCUCGCCGUGCUGCAGCACACCCACGGGGCGCUCUUCCACGCGCUCUGGGGGGAGGUGCAACGGCGCCAAAGGCAGUUCUGUGGGGGGGAAGAGGAGGGGGAGGCGGAGGGGGAGGGGGCGGAAGGGGAGCAGAGGGCUAGAGUGGGGGAGCGGCAUCUGAGUCAGCUGUUUCAGGUGGCUGUGACUCUCAGGGCGGAGGGGGCAGGGGGCGCAGUGGAAGGGGGGAGAGAGGGGCAGGGGGAGGAGGGCAAGCAGGCGCAUGGUGGGGGGAGUGGAGGGGUGAGAAGAGGGCAAGAGGCGGGGGAUGGGGGGGCGGGAAGGGGAGAGGGAAGAGCCGAGGAGGGGGCGGAUUGGGUGUGGGAGGAGGGGGCGCGUGUGUGGAGGGCGGAGGCAGCGAGGGAGAAGGGGAAGCCGUGCAGCCACUGGGAGGUGGAGCGAGCCCUCUACGCCCUGGGCCUCGUGGCCUGGCGGGGGGACGAGUGGCAAGGGGGAGGAGGGGCGAGAGAGCAGGGUGACGAGGGAGAGGAGGGCGAAGAUGGGAGUGAGGGAGGGGAGGCAUGUAGGGGGGGCAUGGGGUGGGUGUCGGAGUACACAUCGCCAUGCGUAUGGCACUACUCCAUUGACAUCGCUCUGCCGGGCCAGCGCAUUGCACUGGAGGUGGAUGGGCCCUCACACUUCACUCGCAACACAUUGACACCACUGGGAGCAACGGUGCUCAAGAGGCGCCAUCUGGAGGCGGCUGGAUGGACCGUCAUCUCCAUCCCCUUCUACCAUUGGAACAAGCUGGCAGGUGAAGCGGAGCAACAAGACUAUCUGGAGCGUGCUCUUGGCAAGUCAGUAACUUGA